AUGUCAGUGGCUCGACCAAGCUGCUGGGGCUAUGAAGGCGGCGUGCUGCUGACGAACAUGUCCCAGAACCGGCAAGCACCGAAAUGGACCUUUGCUGGAAAGAGCGCUGGGAGUGGCGCCAGACCCAUGACACCUGGACCCGGCGCCUACGGUCACGCAACCUCCAAGAACAGCAGAAUCAGGCAACCCUGCUAUGCCUUCGGUUCCUCGACCCGUGACAAGGGUGGGAUGUCCGCAACCUCGCCUGGACCCGGUGCCUACGGGGCCAGCGAGUCCUAUGGGUCGAAGCGUCCACGGUCUGCGGGGCCGGUGUUCGGCAGAGCAGCACGUGGGCUGGGAUCUGGGAACAGCACACCAGGUCCUGGAUCCUAUGUGCCAAAUGUUGGACCCACCAGGCCGCAGUUCCCGCGGCACACGUGCACACCCCGACGAGACGGGGCCGACUGGGGGCACCGAGCGUGCUCAGUGACUCCCGGCCCGGGGACUUAUGGCCACGGAACCGGCGGAGGUCCAGUGUCGAAGUCGGCCCCGAGAUGGGGGUUUGGCUCCUCGGACCGGGGCGUGCGUGCACAUGGUGAGCAUCCGGGUCCUGGUCAAUACGACCUCCGAUCUCGAGCAGGUGGACCGAAGUUUUCGAUCCGAUGCCGCAAUGAGUCGGACUCAUCCGGGCUCUGUCCCACGCCGGGUCCUGGCGCUUUUGGCGGGAUGUACACGCAGUUCGGCUACUGA